AUGCCUCAGAUGGAUAGCAUCGUUAGGGAUGAGACGGAAGGCAUUGGAGAUGAGUCUAGAGUCGGUCCGAACUUACACCACUUAAGGAGUGAUUCAGACAAUAGCGUCAACCGAUCGCUAUCUCUGUGGCAAAAGCUAUCGGACGCCGCCUUAAGAUUAGGAGACGACAAUCAGUUCACUUCUGGAAACAACUCGUGCCAACCCUCUCCCCAGUCAUCAUCUCUCAAAUCGACCACAGUUUCUGUGAUAAACCAAGACAUUAAAGACAACGAACUCGAGCGACAAAUUCAUCCCAACUUAUGG